UUCUAGCUAGGAUCAGUCUUCAUUUUUCGGUGGUGUCUGUAAUUCCAAAGAAGUCAGGACAAGGGGACGCUUUACGAACGUAAUCAUGGCUAAAAGCUGCUUUAUAGAGAGACCUUUCUGAUUCGUUUCCGACUUGGAAGAAGCCUUUCGAAUUCCUAAUCCAAGGAAAUGGAAAUUGUGGUGGAGCCAAUGGUUGAAGAAGAUACGGUGUAUGUUGCCUUGGGAAAGAAUCUCAACGACGGAAAAUCAAUUUUGGAAUGGGCGUUGCAAUAUCAAAGAGGAAAUUAUAUAUGCAUCCUUCAUGUUCAUCAGCCUGCCCAGCGGAUUCCUUUCUUGGGUACAAAAUUCCUUGUGAGCCAAUUGGACGAAAAGCAUGUUAAAGCACACCGGGAAGAGGAGAAGAAAGAGAUGAAUAAGCUUCUUGAUAAUUACAGAUCAAUAUGUGGUCGUGCUGGGGUUUUGGCAAAGGUUCUACAUACUGAAAAUGACGCAGUUGAGAAGGGUAUUGUUGAUUUAAUAUCACAGUAUGCAAUAAGGAAACUUCUUAUGGGUGGUAAAAUAUCAAGGAAUACAAGGGAACUCAAGUCUAAGAAAGCAAUCUAUGUUCAACUUGAAGCACCUAUUUAUUGUCAUAUUUGGUUCAUCAGAAAAGGGCAACUUGUCCAUUCCAGGGAAGGUAGAUUAUCAGGAAUCGGCAUGGAUAGUGCACCACUGUCCUUGCAGGCAAGUCCAAGUGCUCAAACUGGAAUUGGUGUUUCUGCAAGCUCACUGUCUUCCAGGGGAUGGAAGAACAGGUUGAUUUCAUCUCCAGAUUAUUCGAGAAUAUGGUCAAACAUUCAUGGCACGGGGAUAGGUCUAUCCCCUGUAGAUUGUGCAGAAGGGGCAACUCCAAGGAGUCUGUCACAGCAUUCCUCAUCUUCUUCUGGCAGAUCAACUCGUACAAUUCCAAGUAGGAGCUGCUCAUCAACUUCAUCUUGUGCAUCAGCUUCUCCACGUGAAAUGAUUGAUUAUGCUAUCCAAGCUUCACCUCAGGAAAGUGAUACAAUUUAUGAUCUUAAGGAUCAACUGGCACAAGCUAUGGAAGAGGCAGAAAAAAUUAGACAAGAAGCACUUGAGGAGUCUGGUAGAUGCAAAAAGGCAGAAAGAGAGUCAAUUCAGGCUAAUCACCAGGUUAAAACAUUAGAAGGCCGUCAUUCUGAACAACUGAGAAAAAGGAAAGAUAUUGAAGAGGCUAUAUUGAAAUCAAAAGAAGAACUAGGGAAGAUGAAACUGCAGCUAGACAAGAUAACAGAAGAACACAAUAUCGCCAUGGAAAAGAAAUCCUCUCUUGAGAGCGAGUUAACAGGGUGUGAGAUAACCGUGGAUGAUAUAGAAAAAGAUCUAUUUUCUGCUGUAGACUUGCUCACAAAAUACGAGGUGGAAAGAGAUGAAUUGAAAGUUGAACGUGAUGAUGCAAUCAGGGAAGCUCAAGAACUAAGGAAAUUACAACCGGAAGUUUCGGGCUUUUUCUACGAGUUCUCAUUCUCUGAGAUUGAGGAAGCAACUCGUAAUUUUGACCCAUCUUUAAAGAUAGCUGAAGGAGGCUACGGGACCAUUUAUAAAUGUUUUCUAUGUCACACACAAGUGGCUGUCAAGGUGAUGAACUCUAUGAGUCUACAAGGACCCGAUGAGUUUCAACAAGAGGUGAGUAUUUUAAGCAAGUUGAAGCAUCCAAACCUUGUCAAUCUCAUUGGAGCAUGCCCAGAAAUAUACACUCUCGUGUACGAAUAUAUUCCCAAUGGAAGCCUUGAAGAUCGGCUAAUGUGCAAUGAUAAUACUCCUCCAUUGACAUGGCAAACUAGAAUUCGUAUUGCAGCUGAGUUGUGUUCAGUAAUUAUAUUUCUUCAAUCUUGUCAUCCCAAUGCCAUUGUUCAUGGAGAUAUAAAACCCGCUAAUAUUAUGUUGGAUGCUAAUUACAUCAGCAAGCUUGGUGACUUUGGAAUAUGUCGUGUCCUCUAUCCAGACGAAUUUUCGAGCGAUAGUCCCACAUUGCUUUGUUGUAGAACAAUUCCUAAGGGAACUAUGCACUAUAUGGAUCCUGAAUUCACAUUAACUGGUGAACUUACAAAAAUGUCUGAUGUUUAUUCAUUUGGGAUUGUAUUAUUAAGGUUAUUAACAAGAAGAUCAUCUAGAGGGAUAUCAAAGGAAGUGCAGUAUGCUAUAGAUACAGGAACUUUUAGGAAUCUUCUAGAUCCAACAGCUGGAGACUGGCCUUUAGAACAAGCAAAUCAGUUGGCUUCCUUGGCAUUGAGGUGCUGUGAGAUGAGUCAUAAGAAUCGGCCUGACUUUGCCACUGAUAUAUGGAAGGUUCUCGAGCCAAUGACGGUUUCUUGCGGAGAAUCGUUGUUUGGGAUGUCUGAAGAUGAAAGCUACGAAAUUCCUCUACAUUUUCUCUGCCCUAUUCGUAAGGAAGUGAUGCGGGAUCCUCACAUAGCAGCUGAUGGUUAUAGUUAUGAACUGGAGGCACUGAGAGAAUGGUUAGAUAGUGGACAUGAUACUUCACCUGUCACCAAAACAAAACUGCAACAUAUAGAGAUCGUGGUCAAUAAUUCCCUCCGUUUUGCAAUUGAUGAAUGGAUACAUUAGUAAGUAAUUAAGUGUCCAUACUUAUACUACAUAUUCCUAGUGAAUUUUCAUAAAUUAUUGAUGGUUUAGGCUAAUAGUGUGUAAUGUAUAUCAUAUUGAUUUAGUACAUAACAUGAUCUUAAUUCUUAGAUGUGUUGUGAAGUGUAAUAUUAUAUGUAUUAUUAGUCUUUAGAUGAAGUUGAGACUUGCAUAAGAGUAGUCUUUUAUUACUAUAUGUUUAAAUGAUGUGUUCUCUAUUAUUU